CUCUUCACUCCACCCUGCACUCUCCCAGCUGCGGGACUCAUUUGCAAAUUUGAGAAGUCUUCCGUGAGCCACCCCGCCCCCUCCGCGCUUUGUGGAAGACUUUGCUCCAUAAGGUGAAGAAACUGAAGCUUAGAGAACUUACGAAGGCAAGAUCUUAAAGUUAGCAAGUGGCAGAACUAGAAUUCCAAACCAGUUCUGACUCCAAAACCAUCACGCAAAACGGAGGCAAGUGACCAGAAUAUCUGAGUCAUUACAUCAGGCACCUGUGUUAGGAAAUUGGACUGUAAUAAUUCACCAUGGCUUAUGGCUUGCCAAGAAAGAACACAGUGAAAACCAUUUUGAAAUGCAGUUGUUAUAAAGUACAGGAUCCCUGGGAACUUGCAUUGCUUACAGAGACCUGGUACACGAACCUAGCCAACAUCAAGUUGCCUUUCUUGGAAGAAAUUGCAUUUGGUAGUUCUAUACAUCUUAAAAAAUGUAAAACCAUUAAGGAUGGCCUGCUACCUUCAGCAGAAUCCAUCCAACUUGAAAGGGAGUAUGAAAUGAAGCGCUUGAAUAACCUGAAAUGUCAGGAAAACGCAGCCGAGGAAAUUCAGUUUUCCCUAAGGGAAAGGCCAGUUGGUUUGAGAAGACCUCUUCCACCUAAGUGACAGUCAUCUCAUAGUUGAAUCUGUACUCGGCUUUCUGCACGCAAAGAGGAUGAAGGGCUCCAGCCUUUCACUAUGUGAAGUUUGAUGCUGGCAUCUGAAUGCCCCCUGGUGGACAAGUGAGCUCCCAUGGGUUAGUCGACGGCUCUGAACAGAUCUGGGUCCCAGCCACGUAUUUGUACCUUUGUAUCACAAGCAACAGCACUGUAAGUAAAUAAAA